CCUCUCCUUUCUGAAGUCAAGUCAUAAGAAACCCUAGAUCAUGGCAGGAAUGUACGGUCAAGACGCCGGAGAUGGCGCCCCUCCUCCCUACGGAGCAAGUGGCGGCGGCGGUGGAUAUGGUGGUUCUGGAGGAGGCUACGGCGGCAAGGGCGGAGAUGGCGGUUACGGUGGCGGCGGAGGUCGUGGAGGCCGAGGUGGCGGCGGCGGCUAUGGUGGUGGUGGAAGAGGUGGUGGCGGCGGAGGAUAUCAAGGAGAUCGUGGAGGCAGAGGCGGUGGUGGCCGAGGUGGUCGCGGUGGAAGCGGCAGAGAUGGCGAUUGGGUUUGCCCUAACCCUAGUUGUGGGAAUUUGAACUUUGCUAGAAGAGUUGAGUGUAACAAGUGUGGUGCUCCUGCUCCUGCUGGAGCUGGUGACCGCGGCGGUGGCGGCGGCGGCGGUGGCAGUGGUUAUAGUAGAGGGGGAAGUGGUGGAGGAGGAUAUGGAGGAAACCGGGGAGGUAGAGGUGGUAGUUAUGAUGGUGGUAGAAGUGGAAACUAUGAAGGGGGUAGAGGAAGUAAUUAUGAGGGAGGUAGAGGUGGUAAUUAUGAUGGUAGAAGUGGGGGCAAUAGAGGUGGUUCCUAUGGUGGUAACCAAGGCAGAGACGAGGGUGGGUAUGGUCAGGUUCUGCCGCCUGCUGCACCCCCAUCAUAUGGUGGGACUGGUGGGAAUUAUCCGCCAUCGCACAACAGUUAUGGGGGGAAUGCCAAUUAUGGAACCGAAGCAGUCCCUCCUCCAACGAGUUAUACUGGUGGAGCUACCUCGUAUCCCCCAUCCUAUGGUGGUCCUUCAGGUGGCUAUGGUGGUGAUAAUGUAGGUGAUGUGAGGAGCGGUGGCCGGAGCGGUGGCGGCAGUGGUUAUAAUAGUGGGUAUGGUUCUGGGAAUCGUGGUGGUUAUGGUUCGGCUCCUGCUGAACCCCCAGCGAAGGUGAAGCAGUGUGAUGAUAACUGUGAUGAUACAUGUGACAACUCUAGAAUUUACAUUUCAAAUUUGCCACCAGAUGUUACCAUUGAAGAACUGAGGGAGCUUUUUGGAGGCAUUGGACAAGUAGGAAGGAUCAAGCAGAAGCGUGGUUAUAAGGACCAGUGGCCGUGGAAUAUCAAAAUAUACACUGAUGAGAUGGGCAACAACAAAGGAGAUGCUGUUUUGUCCUAUGAGGAUCCAUCUGCAGCACAUUCUGCUGGCGGCUUUUACAACGACUAUGACCUGAGGGGGUAUAAAAUCAAUGUUGCGAUGGCAGAGAAGUCGGCGCCAAAGGCUCCACCUGCAUAUGACCAUGGUGGUAGAGGUGGAUAUGGGGGUGGAGACAGACGGAGGGAUAGUUACAGAGAUGGAGGUUCUGGCCCAGAUAGGCACCAGUAUGGGGGAAAUCGUUCACGUCCAUACUGAGGAUACUUCCCCAUCAAGCAUUUUAUGUAAUGAGAAAAUUGUGAUCUGAGGGUUUUUAUAAUAUUUCAUUGGAAGAGUUCUUGAACUGGAGAUUAAGAGGUAGGUUGUUCACUUACCUCUGUGCUCCUCUUCUUACUUUUUCUAUGGCUGCCUGGAGGGGUUUCAAUGCCAGGAUUGAUUUAAUUGUGUGAAUGUUUUUCUAGAGGCAAGUGGAUAACCUCCAAAAUGCUUGCUGCUAAGGUAGGUUGAUAUUUUCAGGUGAGUGCCGCUCUUUCUUGAUUAUCGUUAUCGUUAUUAUCUAUGUUUUAACUUAGUAAUUAUUCAGCUCUCUCAUAUCAUGACGAUUUACUUGCAUCUGAACAUUGUUCUACGUGUUACUGAGACAACACAAGCAUUUAGAACCGGUAUUUUAGAUGCAUAACUAUUAAGAUGUUCAUACAUGCUUGCCCUUGACUGAUAGGAAAUUAGUUCAUAAGCUUGGUCUUGAUUUCCCUUUUGCAUUAGGUGUAACAAAUGCUACAUCUUCUGUCUUAAAAUGGUCUCUCUUGAUGUGUUGGAUCCUUCUUGAUCAGUUCUGCUGCUGUUGGAUUGUUAACUUUCAACGAGCAUGUGCUCCUUUCUUAACCAGCUAGCUAGUUGUAAAAUAUUUUCUGGAAUUUAUGAUUUGCCGUAAUGAUGGAUAAUGUCAACAUUCAGAAAAUAUCAAGUAUGAGUUCGGAAUGGCAAGUGUCGUAAGAGUCAGUGUUGUCAUUUCUCUAGUAUUUGCGCAUCUUUUUACCUGCAAGGCCAAAGGAAUACUAGAAAUUAGGAUGUUGUGGUCAUUUUUUGUGGCGACUUUUGCUGCCAAAUGUUUGAGGUGCUACAGUGCUCCUACCGUGCCUGCUCUUUGCUGGGUGCUUCAUGGCCCUGUGGAACUAGCUGUUUUCAUGGUUCGUGCAAUUUUUUGUUUAGGUGUCACAAAAGAUAGUUUUUUGCUAAACUCACAAAAGUUAGUUAUACCUAUUACGGUAUUCUUUUUGGUCGGUGUAUUGUUAAUGCGGUACUCUUUUGUGAGGUUUUCUUAGUUCGGGAAUUUUUUUUGGACGGGAGUGAUUAAUUGUACUAGAACUUUUAAUGGUCCUAUUCUUUACCA